GCUUUUAAAUUCUGGUAGCCAUGAAGCUAAUUAGACGUUUUAAAAAACAGUUUCUGGACUUGAAAACGCGAGUGUUACAGAUGUGGUGGUCAAAAAUAGAAUGAAACAUGUAAGACUCAAACAGUCGAUUGCAAUUUGUUCUUAGCGCUUGAUGGCAGAUAUAUCUACAGAUAUAAAUAGUCUUCUUGUUAAAAGCAAACAGUCAACGAAUUCAAUAAGUGAGGUUUUAAGGUCACUUCUUCAAUAUCUGAAUUCAGAUGCAGUAUAUUGUAGUAUGAUAUUUCCAUUAACACGUGUAAGUCAAGAUUAUUAAAACUGGUAUAUGGUUAACGGAUCAUUUGCGUUUAAUGGUGAAUUUCUCAUGAUCCAAAAUCCUAUGGACGAUUAUCUGAAGGCUAAAAAAAUUAAACAGGCAGUUCGUGUUACUUAUUGAUGGAAGAGGAAUUCAAAAAUUUAUAUUUUCAGCCUUGUUUGUAUAUAUGGCCAGAAAACUUCAGUUCUAUAACGAGUUGUCUGCCGUAAAGUAACUCUGACAGGACCUAGUUGUCGAUAUUUUCUAUCCACUGGCGAUGCGAUGUCGAUAGUGUCCAAAAAACUCUCUUAUAAAUUGUCUUCACUCACAGCUUACCACCCCCUCUUUAAACUGAGCAAGGUUAAUAUCUGCGAAUUUAGCCCCUUGAUGUAGCAUACAAUAUCAUUUCAAGAAGGUAGCAGCGAAAAUCGGGGAUUGGAGCAGAAUGCAGUUCGGUUUUGUUUGACCUAUUAGAUGCAUCAGAAAGUGAAACAGUAUUAUUUACUGGAGUAGGCCUUAAGUUUGGUAAUUAAGAAGUAACACCAUCCAAUGUUUCUUGGCUAUUAAUGACCCUUCAUUUGACGUCAAUUUUGAUGAAAUCUACCUUUAAAAUGUCGGACACCACCUUGAUGUAGAAUAAGUUCAGCGGUUUUCGCCUUCAUUUGUGCUUAUUAUAAAUAUAUAACAUUGCUUGAGGUCUAGUCUCAUAGUCCAUUGUCUUGCAUCAACAACUUUGUGUUGAUUAAUCGACACUAAAAAGGUUAGAUCAUAUUAAAGUUAUCACGAGCUUUUUCCUGGAGAGAAACAAAUCUAUUCUUUAAGUAUACAUUUGAUACUCUACGAAGUCGACCCAAAUAGUUUGUUUGCAUUUUCUAUGUUUUCAUCUCAAAUACUUCAUGUAUUCUGUCUUAGAUUAUUGUACACUUUUUAGACCUAUAAUAUACUUUGUCUUAAUACAUUAUUCUAUUUCUUGUUCUCGGUUUUUCUUUUCGGUAGUGCGGCUAUCCUAGGUGACCUAUUAUCAAAAACAUCAAUGUUAUUUUGUCAGGUCCUGGUACUGAACCUUUCAGUCCACUCAGCAGCGGUCUGACCUAUGAAAAUGCAGGUCUACGUAAACUGCAAAAGUUACUCGUCAUGCUCAAGUGAACAACUCAGUAUAAGGGAGCUUUCUGUAUGAGUCCAUUUAAAUCAAAGAUGUUUCACCUUUUCAUUGUGGUAGAGCCCAUAAAUUCAUCCAAUCUAUGGAAGAAUGUCUAUAAUCAAGUAUCAAAUCUCGGAGAACAUAGGACUCUCCGUUACCAUAUAGAGAAAGUCUCUUUUAUAUCUUUGCAUUACCCACAAGCUCCUUCUAACUUUUUUCAUUUUUCGUUUCACCGAAAUCAGGAGUUGGAAAAUGCUCAUUGUGAACUGACUGAUACACUUCAUAAUUUGUUGCCAGAGCCUAUACUGAAGCAAAUUGCAAAGUAUAAACAUUUAGAGCCUCAGUUGAAGGAAUGGGAAUCCUCAGCUCAUCGUGUCAAUCGACACAAACGUAAUCUUGACCAAAGUUGUAAUCGAAGUCGAAGUACAAUUAAAGUUGAAAACGCACAUAAUAACUUUAGAGCAUCUUCAAUGAGUCAUGAUUAUUUAACUAAUUAUUUAUUGGAUGCAAUGAAUACAAUAGAAAAUGAAGGUACAAUGGCUUGUUGCGAUGCCCUGUUUGUCUUGGUGUCAGCAUACAAACAAUUUAGCGAUAGAAUAUAUUCUGUGUUAAAUUGUUUAUUCGAAGAAGUGAACAAAUUGCAUGAAUGUGCUGCAAGAGCACUGAAUGAGUCUCAUUCUAAAUCAUUGAUGUCUAUGGAGAAUGCUACCAAUGCAACUAAAUGGAGGGCUUCAAGUAUCAUGACAACUGAUAAAGACUGUGGUGGAAGUUUGAAGUAUAGAAGUGCAUCAACAGGUCGGAUGAUGCCUAGGAACUAUUAUCCAUGUGAUCAUUUCCCAGCACAAAUUAUCAAUGUACCAUCGGAGUUUGAAACUAAUGGGGAAAUACUAAAGAUGCUCAAGAAUAAAAAAUUAUCUCAUGAAACAAUAGGUUCAUCUCGUUCUCAUCGUCGUUCAAGUAGUAUAAGCAAAGAAACAUUACCAGCGCCACCGCCAACUAGAACAGCAUCAGCUAGUAUACGGUCUACAGAAUCUUUAAUACAGGACAGUGACGACAAAACAAUAUGUAAUGCAUCAUCAGCGUCAGUAAUACUAUCGGAUGGAAUGGUUGAUACACAAAGUAAUAGUAAUAAAGAAUUUGACAAGGUAACUCCUUCAAACACUAUCAGUAAUAAGAAAACAAAUGAUAACACGGUGACUAAUGAUACCACUGAUACCGAUGGUAGUGGUAACAGCAACACCGACAACAAAUUCAUCAGGAAAAACAGAAUAGAACAAUUAACCUCAGCAGAAAAUUCACUAUUCAAUCCAAUUUCACCUACAUUUACCAGCUACUCCACUAGCCAGUUUACUUGUUAUUCGCAUGAUCAGCAGCAGCAACAACAGCUGCAUCCGUACUAUCAGCAUAAUCACAAUAAAGAGAUACCUCAUAUAUCAAGUUGUUCUGUUGAAAAUGAUAAGUAUAUCACUGUCAGUUGCAGUAAAUAUAUGGAUAAAGCUGAAAUGACACUGCCUAUUACUACAGUUCCACAUUUCAGUAGUAAAAAUCAUACUAUUAAAAAACAAAUAGUGAAUAAUUUCGAUACAGAUGAAAAUGAAUCAACUCGAUUUUGUUCGAUGAAAAGUCAUAAUACCAGUAAUUACAUUCAUGAAAGUAAUGAAGACAACUGUUUUAUUCCAAUUCUUAUUCAUAGAAAUUCUUCAACCAGCACAAACCUUGUCAAUGAUACUACUGAUAAUCAAGAUAAAAGUAGUCACAUUGGUGAUAAUGAUAGUAAUAUUCAUAACAGCUAUAUCAAUUCCCCAAGAGAUGUGAUUUUUUUAGAUGACAAAGAAAUCAGGUCAUCGAAACAAAGUAUCGCGUUAUGGGGUUGUUUACCAUCACCGAUAACUGAGGAAGAGGAUGAAUAAUUCCAGUAUUCAUGCACAGAAAUGUCUUCAUCUGAUUGCAGAUAGGCUGUGAAUAACUGUAAUCAGUUUUAUGAAUUAUCGGUCACCAUUACGAUCAACAAAAUGUUGCGCUAUUGCGUGUUAUUAUAAAUACCUUCUUUUUUUAUUUUACUUUAUAUAUCUUCCUGUCAUUUUGUGUGAUAAUAAUAACAACAACAAGAACGGGAUAUGAUUGGUUGCCUCAUGUUAAAAAGAAAUUCCCUUCUGUUAUGCUCAAGAAUAUUCUGAACUCACUAAUUUCUUAUUUUCUACCACUGUUAUUCCUUUAAAAAACGCUCAAAAAAACUUAAUUGCUGACUUACAACAUGUUUUACCAUAUUGAAUGUUCAGCACUUUAUAAGUAUGUUUUAUAUUCGUGAGUAUUUGGAACUAUUCACCUUACAAACAUGGUCGAUUUGAUGGUUGGA